AUGGGCCACAAGCCGCAGCCCUGGGGCCUUGGUGGAGGGGAGCAUGCCGUUGCGGCUCAGGGUCGUGAUCUCCAGCGACUCGGGCUGUUGUCCGAAGAAGGAAUGGUCAGACCCCACAGCACUGGCCGACAGCAACGACGACGCUCGACAUAUGCACCACUCGCCGCGUGUCUCGUCGUGCUUGCGGCUCUGACCGCUCUGGGCCUGUGCCACCACCGCCAGAACCUGCCGUGGCCACAGCCCGUGGCGGCUGUGCCAGCGUGGUCUGAGAGCACGGCACCGUCCGACCGCGACCGGCUGUCAGGUGCUGCUCUUGCUUCUGUUGCUACCGCAGCUGCAGCUGCAGCUUCUCCUCACCACCCGGAUGUGACCACUGGUCACGCUGGCAGCGACCAGGCGGAACAUGCGGCUGCCGAAUCGUCCAGCGUGAGCGUCGCAGUCGGCGUGCCCGGUGUGAUCAGACGGCAGACUGCCAAUGUGACUACGACAUCUGCGACAGCUGCUGCGACAGUUCUAGAAGUCUUCCAGGUCCACCAGCCCGUCCUGACUCCGUCUGGCCCGACUUUGGACGACGCCGCUGCUAGCGACGAUGACGAGACGCCCGGCGGGUCGGCGGGCAGUUCUUGCUCCGUGGUGCUGAUGGACCACGUCUUCGCCUUCAGCUAUGGAACCCCGUUUGUCGGGGCCUACACGCCGCCAGACUGUGACUUCAAUCGCGUAGUGAUCAACUUUACCGUGGUGAGCGAGGGCAGGCAGUAUGACCGUCUUGCCCUUAUGUACCUUAAUGACACCGAGGUUUGGCGGACGUCCACCGCCGAGCCGACGGCGCACCCGGGUAUCCACUGGACUUACCUAAAGGACAUGACCGAGUACCUCUCUCUGUGGAAGUCCCAGGAGAAAAUAAUCUUUGACUUGGGUAACCUCGUCAAUGAUAUCUACACAGGAUCAUUCAACACCACCCUGACAGCUACUUUUUUCAAUGACGAGGUUGACGUCGCCACUGCGGCUCCGGCAGACCUCAUCAUCCCCAUCAGUGCGCGCAAGUCCUCAUCCGACGGCGUCAGUCAGUUCACGCUGCCCGCAGACAAUGCGACCAAUACGAUCAGCUUCCCCCAGAAUGCCAACCGCGCUGUCUUCUCUGUCAGCGCCAACGGCCAGUCCAGUGAGGAAUUCUGGUGGUCCAACGUUCUGCAGUCGGACACGGCGGCGUUCUCUGCUACCGCCGGCGACUUCACUGGUUACUCGCCGUGGCGCGAGGUUCAGGUGCUCAUAGACGGGCAGCUUGCAGGCGUGCAAUGGCCGUUCCCCGUGGUGUUCACAGGUGGUGUCGUCCCCUCGCUGCAUCGGCCGGUCGUUGGCCCAGACGCCUUCGACUUGAAGGAGCACGAGAUUGACAUCACGCCUUGGCUUCCUCUGCUCUGUGACGGGAACAGCCACACUUUCACCAUUUAUGUGGCUGGCCUGGUCGACGACGGUGGGUCCGAGGCAAGUAUCACACAGACUGUAGCAGCUAGCUGGUACGUCACUGGCAAGGUGUUUGUGUGGCUUGACGAGGAAGGCAGCGUGACAACCGGCUCAGCGCCAGUCGUUGACGCGUCGCAGCCGAGCAUCUCGGUGUCAUCGGUGCUCACGCAGAACUCCACUGGCGCCAACGAGACACUCACGUACAACACGGAGGUUUCGCGUGCUUUCACGGUCACCUCGACUGUUGUCUCGCGCAACGCCUCGGGGACCGUCAGCUGGACACAAGACCUGUCUUAUAGUAACAAAGGCUUUGUCUCGGACUACGGCUUCGCGCAGGUUAACGACUUCCUGAUCUCUGGGACCGACCACGCGAGCUCCUCAUCGUCGGCCGUGGGGGCAGAUUACAAGACCGAGUACAAGUACCCCUUGUGGUGCAAUUCGACCUAUGGGUACUCGCCCGAAGGUAAUCUGACACUGUACGGGCGGCUGAUUCAGGGGCAGAAAGUCUACGUUGAGGGCGCAGCCGUGUUUCCAGAUGGCCUGGAGGCCUUUUCUGAAGGGGCAAGCCAGAAGUACACCGGAUCACUGGUCGACACAACAAAAGACGGUACGGCUUACUUCUUCCAAUAUGCGGACCGGACGAACAGCUCUGGGUAUGGCUCGACGGACCAGGUCUUCAGCUUUGGCGGCUUCACCGCACCAGACGGGUCCGUGGACGCCACCCCCGACCAGGAGCUGUACCGCCGGCACGUAGCGGCUACAAACUCGACCGUCACGCGUGAUGAGGAAGUCGUGGCUGACGGCGGCGCAACUGUGACUUCAACGGGAACUGGUCUGGCCUUGUCCAACGAAGCCUAUGCUCGGGCGCCGCUCGACGGUGGCAACGGAGGCCCAAGGUUAUUCAUGUACCGGCAGGGCGACAAUGAACUGUAAUAAGCGAAGUUGCACCCAGCCAUAUACUGGCCUGACUGGGUCUUGGCUUUGAGGGCAGCUGUGGUGAUAGCUUAUCCGCUGGUCACCUGUGGUCGGCGAUCGGCGACUGCAGAGGCUCCGGUCAGCGCGGCACCUAAGCCGAGCAUCACGACCGAGCGCCAGGCCCGUGGGUUGUCAUCCCUUUGAAGCUGCCUGUCAUUGGGGAAGUCCCGUAAUGUACAGCAUAUAGUACGGACCCAAUAGGAAAACCUUGGACGAUCUGCCAUGUACGUCUGCCAUGUUUUCAGAUACUCUAAUAUACGAACAUCGCUACG